AUGAGAGACUGUCCGAUACAGGGAAAUAGUGGAACCUCGCAGCAGUCAUAUAGGGGUAAUACUCAGGCAAGGGUGUGUUCUCUGACUCUAGCCGAUGUUAAGAACAUGGGAGAUGUUGUCACAGAGGUGCAAUUGUUAGAUUACAAACUGGUGGUGGCUACACCGUCUGGAUCUGUGGUUGGGUAUAACAAGGUAGUUCAUGACUUCCCGAUUGAAAUUCGAGGAAGAGUGCUACUAGUUGAUCUUGUGGUAUACGACAUGUAUGGCCUUGACAUCAUCUUAGGAAUGGAUUGGUUGUUUUCCAGUUAUGCCAAUAUCGAUUGCCACAGAAGGGAGGUGUUGUUCAGACCGCCAGAAAAGAGGCUACUUCUUAGGGGGCGCCAAGGGUAUUUGGUGUUUGUGAAAGAAACACCAGUAGAGGAAGGAGAAUUGGAUAUGAUUAUUGUAGUGCGCGAGUUCCCUGAUGUAUUUCCGGAGGACUUGCCAAGUUUACCUCCAGACUCUGAAGUGGAAUUUUCUAUUGAGUUAGUUAUAGGUACGACGCCGAUAUCGAAAGCUCUGUAUCGUAUGACCCCAGUCGAAUUGAGGGAGUUGAAAGAACAACUUCAGGAACUGCCGAAUUUACAAGAGAGGAUUCGUGUGGCGCAAAAGGAGGAUCCCGAGUUGGUUGAGGUUAUGGAAGGAAUUUAG